ACUUCUACACAGGCAAACUGUGUGUAAAAAGUGGUAGUACCUGUUUAACUGUAUGUUAUCUUACAGGUGGGAACCAGCGUGAACUUGCCCGCCAAAAGAACCUGAAGAAGACUCAGGAGAUCCACAAAGGGAAAAGGAAAGAGGAUAGCUUGUCUGCUUCUCAGAGAAAACAGAGGGACUCUGAAAUUAUGCAGCAAAAGCAAAAAGCGGCUAAUGAAAGGAAGUCUCUGCAGGCAGGAGCAAAAUGA